CCCAGGGAGGGGAGAGAGGCCAUGGAGGUUCCUCUAGUCAAUUUCGAGAACCUGGAUGACAUCGGAAUCAACCUGGGAGACCCAAGCGAUUCAGGAUAUCCGACUUCGCCCAUCUCAGAUGCCCCAGAACCAAACCAGAUGACCUGUGGGAUAAACUCACCAACACACUCGCCCCAAAGAAGAAGACAGUCCAGACAUACACCACCCUCUCCACCAACCCUUAGCAAGAAAGGAACAUCAAGCUGCAACAGUCUGAUCUCCAACUGGAAGGUCCUGAUGAGUACAGAGGGCACUCCCAACGAGGCUCUCUUGGGAAAAAUAGCCAAGGGUUGUUGUGACGACUAUUUUGGGGAAAAGGAGAAACUUGAGGAGGGCGAACAAAAAGUGGUCAUCAACGUCUCAGGGAUGAUGUAUGAGACAACACUCAAAACCCUGAACCAGUUUCCAGACACCUUGCUUGGGGACCCGAUGAGGCGGAUUGAUUAUUUCGACCCCAUGAGGAAUGAAUAUUUCUUUGAUCGUAAUCGCCCCAGCUUUGAUGGAAUCCUGUAUUUUUAUCAGUCCGGGGGUAAGAUUCGGAGGCCAGCGAAUGUGCCAUUGGAUGUUUUUGCAGACGAGAUUGUGUUCUAUCGACUGGGGCAUGAGGUGAUGGAACAAUUCAGGGAGGAUGAAGGCUUUAUCAAAGACCCUGAGCCUCAACUCCCAACCAGUGAGCUUCACCGACAAUUCUGGCUUCUCUUUGAGUACCCAGAGAGCUCCAGCGCUGCCAGGUCAGUGGCCUUAGUGUCUGUUUUUGUCAUCACUAUAUCUAUUUGUAUCUUCUGCCUGGAGACGCUCCCGGAAUUCCGUGAUGACCACGAGUUUCUGCCUGUGAUUGUCAAUUUAACUCGAGAUGCCAACGGCACACUCUUGUCCCCUACUCCUUCUCCUAAGACUCAUGUCUCUGCCUUUACUGACCCCUUCUUUGUGGUAGAGACCAUCUGUAUCAUCUGGUUCUGUUUUGAGCUUGGAGUACGCUUUGUGGUGUGCCCCAGCAAGAGUGAGUUUUUUAGCAAUAUUAUGAAUGUCAUUGACAUUGUUUCGAUUAUGCCCUACUUCAUUACCGUCAUAACAGAACUGAUGGCCUCCCACGAAGAGGAUCCUACCGCCGGCCAGAAUAUGUCGCUGGCUACACUACGCGUCAUCAGACUAGUCCGAGUUUUCAGGAUCUUUAAGCUGUCUCGCCAUUCCAAGGGCCUCCAGAUUCUAGGCCAAACCCUGAAGGCCAGCAUGAGGGAGCUAGGCUUGCUGAUUUUCUUCCUCUUCAUUGGCGUCAUCCUCUUCUCCAGUGCCAUUUACUUUGCUGAAGUUGACGAACCUGCUACUCAGUUUGUGAGCAUCCCGGAGGGAUUCUGGUGGGCUGUGGUCACCAUGACGACAGUUGGUUAUGGCGAUAUGUGCCCCAUCACAUUGGGUGGAAAGAUGGUAGGGAUCCUCUGUGCCAUCGCUGGCGUGCUGACCAUUGCACUUCCUGUUCCUGUCAUCGUCUCCAACUUCAAUUACUUCUACCAUCGCGAAACAGAGCAGGCAGAGAAACUUAUAAUGGAUGCUGCUGCUGAGGCUGCUGCAAACCAGAAAAGCAGUCUGGAGGAAAAGUAUGAAAGCAAUUUCUCACUGGACAAGAGCAAUGGGAAUUGGCAGACAGGGAAAAAUGGCAUUCCAUAA